AUGCCGGGCAGCGGCCCCAGCGAGAGGAUGACGUGGCCCGGCCCGGCCCUCGCCGCGGCCCCGCCAACGCGCCCUCUCUCCUCAGCCCCGGGGACACCGCCCAUCCCACCCCUCACCCGGACCCGCAGCCUCAUGGCCAUGUCCCUGCCGGGCAGUAGACGGGCCUCUGCUGGAUCCCGCAGGCGCACCUCUCCCCCCGUGAGCAUGCGGGACGCCUACGGCACCUCCUCUCUCAGCGGCAGCAGCACCUCGGGCUCCUGCAAGGGCAGCGACGGCAGCCCCACGCCCAGGCGCUCCAUGAAGUACAUGCUGUGCAGCGACAACCACGGCAUCAAGCCGCCCACCCCGGAGCAGUACCUGACGCCGCUGCAGCAGAAGGAGGUGUGCAUCCGGCACCUGAAGGCCAGGCUGAAGGACACGCAGGACCGGCUCCAGGACCGGGACACCGAGAUCGAUGACCUGAAGACACAGCUGUCGCGCAUGCAGGAGGACUGGAUCGAGGAGGAGUGCCACCGCGUGGAAGCCCAGCUGGCCUUGAAGGAGGCCCGCAAGGAGAUCAAGCAGCUCAAGCAGGUCAUCGACACCGUCAAGAACAACCUGAUUGACAAGGACAAGGGGCUGCAGAAGUACUUCAUGGACAUCAACAUCCAGAACAAGAAGCUGGAGACGCUGCUGCACAGCAUGGAGGUGGCCCAGAACGGCACGGCCAAGGAGGACGGCGCCGGGGAGUCGGCAGGCGGCUCCCCCGCCCGCUCCCUCACCCGCAGCUCCACCUACACCAAGCUGAGCGACCCCGCUGUCUGCGGGGACCAGCCCCCCGGGGACCACCCUGGCUCCUCCACUGAGGACGGGGCUGACAGUGGCUUCGUGGCAAACGAUGACACCAUGAGCCGGACGGAUGCGCUGGAGGCCAGCAGCCUGCUGUCAUCGGGGGUGGACUGUGGCCCCGAGGAGGCCUCGCUGCACGGCUCCUUCAGCCUGGGGCCCCGCUUCCCUGCCAGCAACACCUACGAGAAGCUGCUGUGUGGCAUGGAGGCUGGCGUGCAGGCCAGCUGCAUGCAGGAGCGUGCCAUCCAGACAGACUUCCUGCAGUACCAGCCCGACCUAGACACCAUCCUGGAGAAGGUGACCCAGGCCCAGGUCUGCGGGACAGGUCCCGAGUCGGGGGGCAGGUGCCCGGAGCCGGAUCCCCACCCCUCAGGGCCCAGAGACCCCAACUCAGCGGUGGUGGUGACGGUGGGUGAUGAGGUGGGUGAUGAGCUCGAGGCCCCGGAGCCCAUCACCCGCGGGCCGACCCCACACCGGCCCGGUGCCAACCCCGGCCCCAGCCUGUCGGUGAGCGUGGCGUGCCCCGUGGAAGAGGAGGAGGAGGCAGCCGAGCCCAAGAGCUACUGGAGCCGCCACUACAUUGUGGAUCUGCUGGCCGUGGUGGUGCCCGCUGUGCCCACGGUGGCCUGGCUCUGCCGCUCCCAGCGGCGCCAGGGCCAGCCCAUUUACAACAUCAGCUCCCUGCUGCGGGGCUGCUGCACCGUGGCCUUGCACUCCAUCCGCAGGAUCAGCUGCCGCUCGCUGAGCCAGCAGGGCCCCAGCACCGCCAGCGGCUCCCAGCUCUGA